AUGCCUCAAACCAUACCUUCACUUAUGUGGAUUGUUCUCCUUUCACAGAAUUUAUGUGGAUAUUAUACCAUCAUCUAUAAACGACACAUUUUUAAUAUAUUUGCUCGGUUACUUUGCAUUACUUUGAUAUACAUUACAGUUUAUAAAACUAUUACUCAGUUAUACAAAGAAGAAAGUACGUAUUAUACCUAUGGUGAAAUAUGUCACUUAUUAUAUUUUCUUAUUGGUGCAUUAAUGGCCUUUAUUGAUGGGAAUGUAUUUUAUCGUUUUUACUCAAAUGUACACUCGAUUAUGUCCGAAUAUUCGUUGAAAAUUGAUUACCGCUCUGUUAUGCGUACGACAACAGUUUUCACGGUUAUAUUUUUUAUAGAGUUCUAUAUUGUAUGGAGUUAUUUAGCUGAACAGAUUGCCACUGAUUUUCUUUUACUAUUUCUGAUUAUUUCGGAAAGAUUUGGUUAUUUCACCACUGCUAUCAGUCGAUGUUUAAUAUUUGAAUGCAACUGCUUUUCCGUUAAGACAUUGAGAAUAUCCUUUGACCAACUAGUUAAUAAAUCAAAUGCAAUAAUACUGGAACCCAAUCAAAAAGUACUAUUGGAUGUAGUGACAACAUACACAAAUUUAUUGAAUAAUAUUAAUUCUGUGGGAGGCCCGCUGAAAAUAACGAUACUGAGGGAUUUUUUUUUUACUUUUUUUUACGUGAUAUACUCUUCUAUUGGAAUAGUAUAUGGACCAGAAAAUGCUAUAAACAAACUUGUUGUUGUAAAGGUGUCUGUAUACAUAUUAACAUUGUUUUUACCUUGUGUAUUUAUGGAGCUAGCAAAAAUUGAAGUAGAUAAAAUAAGACUUAUAUAUGUAGAAAUAUCUGCUCAUAGUUCAGAUAAAGAAAUUCGCAGAAAGGCAGAGGACGCUUUAGUGUUGCUAGAGAUAGUUCCAUUCGAGUUCACGGUGUGGCGAUUCAUAUCUGUAAAUAUUUCACUGCCAUUUCAAUUUGUUGCUCUGUUAACUACCUACGUCAUUGUGACUAUGCAAUUUAUGCAUGUGUUUGGAUAA